UUGUACUGAAAGCAAUUUUAAUCAACAUCAGUGCUGAAAUAUUUGCACAUCUGCAAAAAGAAAGGCAGAAAAUAAGUUUGCGUGUGGCCAUAGAGUCCCCUCCUCUUUGUGUGGGGAAAAAUUGUUGGGAGGACAGGCAAACAGUGAAGCAGUGUUGUGCUACAGACAGGAGCCAGCUGACCGAUCCACUCACGCGAACAUGGAUAAAGCCAAGAAGCUGAAGAAAGAUUACACAGAUGUGGUGCAGUCUUGUAUGGGCAAUUUUGGGCGAUGGCAGCUGUGGGUUUGUUGUUGGAUAUCCAUCCUCAAGUUCCCAGUGGCCUGGCACUCUCUGGGCAUCGUGUUUUUGGCACCACCGACCGAGUCAUGGUGCAAAAGGCCUACGGCCUUACACAACCUGACAGACGAACAGUGGCGCAACAUGAGCCAACCCCCUGCAGCGUCUGCGAGUCAGGGACGCGACUCCUGUGCGAUGUACGACUACACCGGCAGACCUUAUGACGCGUCGCCCGCCAACCUCAGCAUUGUCGCAUGUGACGACUGGGAAUAUGACAGGUCCGUCUUCCAGGAAACCAUCGUAACUGAGUGGAACCUUGUUUGCGAGCGGAGACAGCUGGCCAACGUAGCGCAGACUGUGUUCAUGUUUGGCGUCCUGGUGGGAAACGUUCUGUUCGGCAUGAUGGCCGACAGAUUCGGCCGUAAGCAGCCACUGAUGGUAGGCUGUGUGAUGCAGGUCGUGUUCGGAUCGGCGUGUGCCUACAUGCCCUGGUUCGAAGGAUUCCUCCUGAUGCGGUUUCUAACAGCGACUGCUGUUGGGGGAUCCAUGAUCACAAGUUUCGUCAUCUGCUUGGAGAUUCUCGGAGGCAGGUGGAGAACGGUGUUUUCCGUGUUAUUCCAUCUUCCAUUCACUCUCGGCCACACUACUCUGGCAGCCAUUGGUUACUACGCCAGGGACUGGCAUACAUUCCAGUUGGCCAUAACACUACCUUCGAUUCUUUUAAUAUCUUACUGGUGGCUCAUCCCUGAAUCUCCACGGUGGCUUCUGACGGCUGGAAGGGACGAAGAAGCUAUCAGAAUACUGGAGCAGGCAGCGAAGAGAAACAAGUUGGACACUUCUUGUAUAGCUCAGAAGAUACAGUCUGUCAGCAUACACAAGAACAAGAGCAUGGAUACGGGGAAGACAAAGCCGGCGAACAUCCUGGAUUUGUUCAGGACUCCGAACAUGCGCCUCAAGACCCUCUGCAUGUACUUCAACUGGAUCGUCUGCGGCCUCUGCUUUUAUGGGCUUGCACAGUACAUGGGGCAGAUCGGCGGCAACAUCUUCAUAAACGUUGCCAUUUCCGGUUUACUUGGAUUGCCUGGGAUUGCGCUGAGUAUAUACCUCAUGCUCUCAGCAGUUUCCUGUCUUCUCAUCAUGGCAAUGCCUCAACAGCCGGAGUGGCCCCAGGUGACGCUGGCGGCCCUAGGGAUUGUGGGCAUGUCCGUGUCCUUCUCGUCUGUGUACUUGUACUCCGCGGAGCUGUUCCCCACGGUGGUGCGCAACGUGGGCGUAGGAUCUUCGUCCAUGUGCGCCCGAAUCGGCUCCAUGGUUGCUCCCUACGUCACCUCUCUGAGCAUGUUCGGCGUGUUUAUGCCACCCCUGACGUUCGGAUUGUUUCCGCUGUUCGGGGCUCUGCUGUGUCUCUUGCUUCCAGAGACAGCCAACGCCGAGCUUCCAGACACGUUAGAGGAGGGCGAGAAUUUUGGAAAGAAAAUAAAGAAAUCCAAGACCACAACAGGAUCCUUAAAUAAGAGCUACGUUAAUGAAGUUAACCCAUUGUAGUUUCAUAUUACAAUACUUCAUUACAUUCGUUUGUGAUUUCAUCAAUAUUUUGCAGUGGAUUUCGAAACACUGAUGAAUGGUGUUUUUGGCGAUCAUGCUAUUACAGUAAAGGUACAUAUGGUAGGACUAGUAUUAAAGUAACAAGUAUUUUUAAUGAUAUUACCUCAUAUGAUAAGUCUGCACUGUGGACAUUUUAAAUAAACAAUGUGAUACAUAAAAACAAUGACAUUACAACAGCAAACAGCAGAACUGGAAGGUAAUCUUCAGUUUGAGGUUGCACCUUAAAAGAUUAAUGCAUUUUGAAACUAAUGUUUUGUGACGCUGUAUACUGCUACUUGGAUAAAGUAAAUGCGUUUGUAUAAAGGAGUGUCUCUGAAUAGAACACGCCAUUAACUAAUAAUACGAUUUUAAACAAGUAUAUUUUCACCAAUAAAACAUUGCAGGGCC